UUUCGUGACUUUAAAGCAAAAAUUUUGUGGGAAAGGAAGUUACCCGGAGAUGACGUUUCUAAUUAUACUUGGUGCAUUUCUCCUUGUUCAAAUUAUUACAGCUUCAGCUUUAGGAUUGCCUGAACAGUUUAAAGAUUUAGAAGAUUUACAUAAAGAAUCUUUGGCAGAGACUUAUUAUCACGAAGGAUUGAAUGAUGGAAAAACGGAUGAAAUGGUGGAUAUUUUUAAAAGUCUUAGCAAUGAAUUUAAAUUCAGUGAUGAAAAUUUAGAUGUUGGUGAGGAGAAAAAUUACAAGAAACGUGAUAUAACCCAAAAUUCAGUGGCAAAGAACUUCCUAUCAAACGUAAAGGGAAUUCCUGCAAUGCCAUCACUCCCUUCAAUGCCUUCAAUGCCAUCAAUUCCUUCACUUUGGUCAAGUCAGACACAGGCGGCACCAAAUACCGCACUUGCCCUUCCUGAAUCUGAUUAUUCCCUUCUAGAUAUGCCGAAUAUUGUGAAAAAUUUCCUAAAGGAAACAAGAGACCUCUAUAACGAUGUUGGAGCUUUUAUUAAGGCAAUUUCAGAAGCUUUAACAAAUAGAUCUUCAUCAUCUCAACUUCUUUCCUCCCCAAUGGUGAGCACGAAUAAAACCAAAGAAUUUAUUCGGAAUGAAAUACAAAAAGUCCGAAAAGUGAGAAAUUUCGUCCAGGAAACUCUUCAGAAAAUCCGAGACAUUUCUGCUGCUAUUGCCAAAAAAGUAAAAUCAUCAGAAUGUCUGUCCAAUCUUACGGACAUCAAAGGACUUGUAUCAGACGGAAUUAAUUGUUUAAAGGAAAAAUUCAAUGAUGGAAAACGAAUUAUCCUCCAAUUGUACAAUAAUUUACUAAAAGGACUCAAAAUUCCAAAUGACCUAAUGGUUGAAUUGAAGAAAUGUGAUACAAAUCAAAACAAUACUUUGGGAAGAAUAAUCUGCUAUUUCUUGACACCAUUGCAACUGGAAAAAGAACAAAUUCUUCUACCUGUAGAAUUUAUAAAGCGCAUUCUUGAAUUAACCCACUACUUUUCCACAAUGAAAGAAGAUCUUAUCAACUGUGGCAUCACAACAAUUGCAUCCAUUACGUUAAAAAUGGAAAAAUGUGCCGGUGAAAUGCUUGAAAUCACCAAAGAAAUUUCAUCGCAAAUAACAGUUCCAGAAUUACCAAAUUUUAAUGAUUACUUCUCAAGGAAAAUACUACCAAAAGGCAUUAAUUAAAACGAUUUUUUUUUAAAAACAAUGUAAGAAAUGAUAAAGAAAAUAAAAAUUAAAAGAAAUGAAGCUCA